AUGUACAAGCUAAAUAUUUUUGCUGCCAAACAAUUUUUCGAUUUACAAACCCCAGUCAACUUUCUUGCAAAAAAAAAAAAUUUUGCAAAUGUUAGAGAGAUUCGAUAAAACAAUAAAAUUGAAUUGGGUCUCAAACUUGGUUCACAUUCUCUACCACAUAAUAUCUGGAUUAACACUCCUCUUACGACAAAUCGAAUCAUCAAACCCCAAGGAUCUUUGGCACUCCAUCAAAAAUUCAAUAAACUACCUAUUUAUAUGGCAAGAAAGGAUAUGAUCAAAGAAUUGGAGAAAUUUAAAUAGAGAGCCUGCUCCACAUCUCCAUCGAAAAAACAGAAAAAAUAUCACAACCUAUAUUGUAACAAUUUUGAGAGAAAUGAAAAAUUAAAGAAGUAUUUCCAGACGCAUUCAUAAAAUAGUCCGUAAAAAUUAAACAGUUUAUCCUAUUUUGAAGACUCACGUCAAUAAAUCUUUUCAUCGCAAAAGUUUCACGAAAACAAUUUUCAAAGAUUAAAUUCUGUAAAAGCAACAAUUCAACCAAAAUUCCCUUAAUUGAAAAAAAAUUAAAAGACUGAAUCUAAUGAAAUCGAUAGACAAAACAGUGAACUAAUGAAUACAUCCAUCAAUCAAAACUUUUAAGAGUGUACCUCACCAAAAAGAGAUAGAAUUCAAAAACAAAAAUACUAUCAACCAAACAAAUGCACCCUCUAAAGAAAUAAAUUCUUAAACGACUCCUACAGAUUAUACGGAUUUGUUACAGAAAUAAAAGAUUAAAAAUAAAAGUAUUCAGCAUUGUAGGUGAGUAAUUUCAUCAACCUCAACAAAUCAAGUGAAUAAAAUAAUAAUGCAAACUCAUCCAAAUCAAGAGAACUGACUCCCUAAGAAAAAACCAUCCAAAAGUCAAGGUCUUCAAAAGAUAAAUUAUAAAAUUUGCUAAAACAAUCUCAUCUAAAACAUCUUGACAGACAUUUUAGAACUCCUGCUAAAAAACAUAAAUCUCCAAAAAAGCAGGAAGAAUAUGAUAGAAAUCUUGUUCUCUCUUAUUUUCCAAAAUAAGAAUUAGAACAGAUUCUUAAAAAAAAAUAAUAAUUCGUAUGA